UAGUGAUGUGACUCCUUGAAGGAGGAACUGGGUUCGAUGCCGGAGUGUUAGUCCGCGGUCCGGAUCCCAGAAGCACCGAGGAGCAGCGGCCCACCUGUCCGAGCAGCAGGCCUCACUCAUGGGGGAGCAGCAGCAGCACAGUCCGGAGGGAGUACGGCUCUUCCGCCUGUCGGAGAUCCAGGAGCAGAACUCGUUCAAAUCCACAUGGAUCAUCCUCCACCACAAAGUGUACGACGUCACCAAGUUCCUGGAGGAGCACCCCGGGGGGGAGGAGGUGCUGAGGGAGCAGGCGGGAGGAGACGCCACCGAGAGCUUCGAGGACAUCGGACACUCCAGCGACGCCCGAGAGAUGGCGAGCAGCAUGGUGAUAGGAGAAGUGCACCCGGACGACAGAGAGCAGCUCGUCCAACCAGAGGAAACACUGGUGACCACAGUGAAGGACCAGACCAGCUGGUGGUCCAGCUGGUUGAUUCCGUCUCUGGUGGCGGCCAUCUUAACGCUGAUCUACCGCAUCUUAACCACAGAGAGCGACUGACAUCAUCAGAGAAGCAGCUGGGCCGCUGUCCUGCAGCUGUCCUACACUACCCACAAUUCAUUUCCAAUACUGUUUAACCAACCAAUCAUGCGGCAUUAUGCUAAUGAGGUCAUGCAAGUUGUUGAAUUUACCGUCACACUGUGAAAUAUGAAUGUUUUAUGAAAUCUUGUAGAAAUUCAGUGGAUGUAUGAGAAGUUGUAUCUUUUUGAAUCUUUGUAGCUGAAUGUAAACGAGUGUAUGAAUCAGAGCAUCAUGAGGUCAUCAUGAGGUCAUCAUGAGGUCAUCACGAGGUCAUCACGCAGCAGUCAUGUGACCGACAGUCCACUGUGACGUCACUGCCCUGGUGACUGGAAUCUGACCGAAGCCACGAUUCUCUGUCUCAGGUUUAAUAACUUUUCAUGUUCAGCGUCUCACAGAAAGAAAGUAAUCGCUGACUGUUAAUAAAGAUGGCCGACAUGUUCCAACUGCCCAUAGUCUAGAAGUGAAGCCAAAACAUCUCUGAUACAGACGCUGCCAUUUUGUACAGCUGGAAUACAGGCCCCGCCCAUACACGCUUCUUUUAAAGGGACACUGAGUUUGCCAGCAGGGGGCACCACUGAGUCCCUAAACAUGAAUAUAUUAAAGAAGAAUUUUAAACUCCAGAAAAGUGAUAUUUUAAUUUAAGAACAUAAGCUAGAAUUCUCUUGAUUCAUCUGCUUGUUCCUGCUUUUAUAAAUUUCAGCUGAAACUUUGAUUUAUUUCAAACGUUUCUGCAACAAAACAGAAAAAACUUUAGAAUCAUGUUUCAAAUUAUCUUCCAUCUUAACGUUAAUCUUCUGCAGACACAUUCGGUCGUUUUGACUUCAGACUGAACUCUAAUGUCAGAGUUAGAUUCACACAGUUUCAUCUGAGUUUCAUCGUUCAAACAGAAAAAUCAAACUUUGAUGAUUCAGUAAAGUUUCAUUUUCAUUUUCACGUUUUAAUUCACACAAUCAGAAGUAAAGGAACUUAAACCCCUGCUCGUAUCCAGCGGGUAGGGUUUUGAGCCUUGGUGCAGUGCAUGCUGGGAAGUGUAUGCUGAACAUUCACAGAUUCAGGAUCAGAAACUAUUUCAACUGUUUAAACGUAUCCAGAGUCAGUGAGAAGAGAAACGUUCUUCUGAUGUAAAGUUUAUAAAAGAAAAUUAAAGGAAAAAAACACUUGUUGACGUUUCUUUGCAGUUUCUGCUCAAUGUCAGAACUUUUCUCCUACUUGAUUAAUAUUGAGUUUCACUUAAUACAUGUUGAAUAUGAAAUAUUGCAGCUAAGACACUGAAUCUUGGGAGAGGCGGUGGUCUAGUGGCAGUAACUUGGACUAUGGGCAGAGAAGGUCUCUGGUUCGUCUCUGGUUCGACUCCACGGAGAGACAACAUAGACGAACCUGGAUUGAUCUGUCCAAAAAUCCAAGAGUCUCCCUACCCUGUCUAGUGCCCCUGAGCAAGGCACCUUACUCCCCCAACAUCUGCUCCCCGAGCGCCGUACCUGGUCGCUCUGUGUGUCCUGCACCUGAUGGGUUAAAAGCAGAGGUUACAUUUACCUACCUGCAUGAGUGUGUUGUGCAUAUCUGUGCAUGUGUUUGGUAUAAAUAAACAUAUCUUAAUCUUAA